AAUGAUUAACUUAAAGCCGCCUUGUCAAACUUUAGCUUUGUUAAGGCGAGCAAGAAACUUUCAUCUUAUAAGAUUUUAUUACAAUGAUUCAAAGUACGCAAAACCGCCUUCCGUUAAGCCGAUACAUGUUAAAAGCGAAAAAUUCUCUGAUAGGAUAGCGAUAAUUGAUAAAAACGGUGCUUAUAAGUAUGGAACUUUACUAUAUAACACACAUCGGCUAGUUGAUAAAAUUCUAGGAACUCUAAAUUUUGAGUAUAACGAGUUUCGUCAUCAAACAAUCUGUACAAUUGGUCCGAAUGACUCCUUUUUCGUUAUAUCGCAGUGGGCAUGUCAUAUUCUUGAAAGUAUGCAUGUUCCGCUUUAUAGUCAGCACCCCGUUUCUGAACUUCGCUACUUUAUUGAAAACUCGAAGGCUAAGGUUGUUAUUACUACCCCGGAAUUUACUGAUAAAAUAGAGAGCAUUGCGCAAGAGCUUAAGAUAGCGGUGGUGGAAGUCGAUAUGUCAGAUAACCUGCCUGGAAACUACGAAUACAUGAAGAAUAAUUUAAGGGAAGUUUUAAGAAAUCAUACCAAACGAAAUAGGCUUCAUUAUCAAUUGGCAUUGGCUAACAAAUUUCAAAAAAGAGAUUGUCUAAUGUUAUAUACAAGUGGAACAACCGGCCGACCUAAGGGAGUAGUACAUACUUUCGGAACCUUAGAUACUUGUAUCAAAGAUAUGGGGUACGUUUGGAAAUGGAAUCGGGAUGAUGUAAUUUUACAUUCUUUACCGUUACAUCAUUACCAUGGUAUCGUCAACUGCCUAAUGACUCCUCUGAAUUUUGGUGCAUGUUGCGUAAUGAUGCCUAGAUUCAAUCCUGCCGAGACAUGGGCCUACUUUCUCGGUAAAAAGAAGCUUAAUGAAAGUAUUAAGAGAAUAAAUAUUUUUAUGGGUGUUCCAACAAUGUAUGUCAAGCUGAUUGAAUAUUAUGAGAAUGUUGUUGGGAAGGGAAGAAGGGGGAGGAGAUUAGCCGAAAAAAUCAAGAGAAUUUGUCAAAAUGAAAUUAGGUUAAUGUGUUCUGGGUCAGCAUCUCUUCCGUCAAGUGUGUUUGAGAAGUGGGAAGAAAUUACCGGCCACCGUCUUUUAGAGCGUUACGGAAUGACUGAAAGUGGAAUGGCUUUAACAAACCCGUAUAAUCCUAUCUCGUCUAGAACGCCAAAAUUUGUUGGUGAGCCUUUUCCAAGUGUAGACGUUGCUGUUGUCCAACACAAAGACGGCGAAUCAGACGAAUUUCUAUUAGAAGUUUGCAAGGGUCGAUAUCGGAUUAAGCCGAAAACCGAACCAGUAGAAGGCGAACUUUAUGUAUACGGAAAUAAUGUCUUUAAAAGGUACUGGGAGAAUGAGGAAGCUACCGCUGAGGCAUUUACCAAGGAAGGCUGGUUUAAAACUGGUGAUAUUGUAUCAUAUGAAAACAGAAAGUUUAAAAUGGUUGGAAGGUCUUCUGUUGAUAUUAUAAAAUGUCAAUCUUUUAAAAUUGGAGCACUUGACAUCGAAGGAAAACUACUCAAUCACGAAAAUAUAAGAGAAGUCGCAGUCCUCGGAGUUCCGGAUAAUGUACAGGGUGAAAAAGUAGCAUGCUUAAUAGCUUUAAAAAGUCAGGAUAAAAAGUUGACACUUGAGGAGUUAAAAGAUUGGUGUCGGGAUAAGAUGCCCCACUAUCACACACCUACUGAACUUUUAAUUGUCGAUAGCAUUCCACGAAAUGCUAUGGGUAAAGUUAAUAAAAAAGAACUCAUUAAGAUGUUUUUAUAA